AUGAAGCUGGUCAUUUUAACAAUGCUGUUCGGGUUCGGGGUCAUGCAACACAACCCCAACUUUCAACACGGAAGAACAACAAUUGUCCAACUAUUCGAGUGGCGCUGGUCCGACAUUGCUGCUGAGUGUGAGCGCUUCCUAGCUCCUAAAGGGUUUGGUGGUAUUCAGGACAAUGACCCCAAACACAGGCUGUGUAAGGGCUAUUCAACCACGAAGGAGAGUGAUAGGGCGCUGCGCCAGAUGACCUGGCCUCCACAAUCACCGGACCUGAAACCUAUCAAGAUGGUUAUUGAUCUCGGAGGAGAGGCCAUCUCUUAUAGUGAGUACAUACAUCUAGGGAGAGUGACUGAGUUUAAAUAUGGUGCAAAACUUGGAAAUAUCUUUAGAAAAUGGAACGAAGAGAAACUGUUUUAUACAAGGACUUGGGGAGAAGGUUGGGGCUUCAUGUCUGAUGGCAAUGCUGUUGUUUUUGUUGAUAACCACGACAACCAAAGAGGUCAUGGUGCUGGUGGUUCAUCGAUCAUCACUUUCUGGGACUCCAAACUCUACAAGAUGGCCGUCGGCUACAUGCUUGCUCACCCCUAUGGAGUGGCCAGGAUCAUGUCUAGCUACCGCUGGAACCGGAAUUUUGUUAAUGGAAAAGAUCAGAAUGACUGGAUGGGCCCUCCAGCCAACACUAAUGGAUCCACUAAGUCUGUCCCUGUCAACUCUGACCAGACUUGUGGAGAUGGAUGGGUAUGUGAGCACAGAUGGCGUCAGAUCACGAAUAUGGUCAUUUUUCGAAAUGUGGUAAAACAACAGCCACAAAUCAGUUGGUGGGAUAAUCAGAGCAACCAGGUUGCCUUUGGACGUGGUGAUCUUGGUUUUAUUGUUUUUAACAAUGAUGACUGGGACCUUGAUGUGACCCUGAACACUGGUAUGUCUGGUGGCACUUACUGUGAUGUCAUUUCGGGUCAGAAGGAUGGCAACAAAUGCACUGGAAAACAGAUAAUUGUUAGCAAAGAUGGAAACGCCCACUUCAAGAUUAGUAACACUGAUGAAGACCCCUUUAUUGCUAUACAUGCAGAAUCCAAGCUUUAA